AUGAGGACGCCAUAUACAUGCAGACAAUGUCUGUCGCUUGUGAAAAGUUCGCGAGUCCAAUUAAGAUCAUGGCCAGCCUUCCGACCACUGGCGCAAAAAGUAUCCUCGCAACGGAAUCACUCCACCAAAGGUCCUGUGCAGCUCAAGCCCACAAACCCCCAACGCAAUGUCUCGACAACAGCGACAAGAGCAGCCGCGAAGCCAUUUCAGCCUUACGACUAUAUUGAUCCUGAGGGAAUCAAGCGGACCCUCAUGUUGACCGAGGACAACCUCUUCAACUCCUUCACCAACUCGCCGAUCCCCCAGAUACGGAAACGAGCGGCCUUUAUGCGCCAACAUGCCUACUGCCCCCACCCUUCACACCAGCCUACACGUGCGCCCAAAAAUGCCAUGGAUCUUGAGGCGCGCAAAUCGUCCGAGACGGGCGCCCCGCCAGCCCACGUCAACUUCGAAUGCCCCGAUUGUGGUAUCCCAGUCUACUGCUGCGAGGAGCACUGGGCGGACGAUUAUGAAGCACAUCUCGAAGUCUGCGACGUGCUGCGGCAGAGCAAUGAGGAUGACCACGAUUUGAGAAGCGGGAGAUUCUUCAAGGAAUUUCAAUUCGCGGAGCCGCAGAUGGAGGAGAUUCUUGUCAACAUGACUAGCUGGGACACAUAUCUCUACACACGAGACUUUGACGCGCUCAACAAGGAUCGUGAGAUGAGGCAGGCGACCAAGUUACUCACCUAUCCCAUGACCAUUGCCAGCAUCAUCAAUGAGUUGAGCCCCUAUAACAUCCGCAAAAACGGACGCAUGACCCCAGAGGGCCUGAAGAGCUUUAGCGCUCUCCGACAUUCUCUCCACCCUCCACGGACUGGCGGUGGCGACACUUGGAAGAAUGCCCGUAUCGCACCCCCCUCCGUCCGCCUCUUCAUCCUUGGCGCCCGCGCCGAGUCCUCUCUGCCCCGCGAAACCUGGAUGCAACUCGCAUACCUCUUUCAUCGCGUACAAUUCUCCCUUCACUUCAUCGGCCCCGAAGCCAUGGCAAACCGCGAAAAGGAGCUACCCCUACCUGAGCGCACACCCCUCAACCCCUUCGGCGCCGUCAUCGAAGACCGCAUCAACAGCGCCAUGAAGAUCACCACUUUCGUUGAACACUACCAUAACAUCCACAAAACGGGCUACUUCUAUCCCUACGAUCCUUACUUUGACUGCUUUGUUGCCUUCCACCCCGGUUUCGGCAAUGCGGCGAGUAUGCACGAAUGGGAGGAGACGCUACCGCUUCUGCUAGAAACAAAGGUUCCUAUCAUUGCGACUGGCUAUUCGCCAUGGGAUAUGCAGCAGGACGUUGAGCACUUGAAGAAUAGAUUUGGGAAUGAGAUGGACAUACUGCUUGAACCCGGCGAGAAUCUCUUCAGGAGUUUGAGAUGGGAUCUCAACGACUUGGACCCGCAUGAUGUUACAUGUAGUAACUGGGGUGUGUAUGCCUUCCGCGGCAAGCGGUAUGAGACGAUGAAGAAAGAAGAUGAAGCCGAGGUCCAUAGCGAUAGGACGGCUUGA